UCGGCGUCGCCAAAACGCAGCAGCCAAAAAACGGCUCGCCAAAGCUUACAAAGUUUCAUUUGACUUCAAAUCCGUCCUACCUCUUUUCCCUAUUAUAUAUUCCACGCAUUUCCCUUCUUUUAAAUGGAGAACAACUCCAUUACGUUCUAACCCACUCUGCCGCCGUCACGGCCCCAAAAUCCCCCAUCACUUCCAUUUGAGCUCAUUUCAACUCUCUCCCACCAUGGCCUUAGCCGCCGCCUCGUCUUCUUGCUCGCCCGCUAGAAACCUCUCCCACUUCUCCUCCUCCUCUUCCCCAUCUCUCCCCUCCUCCAAACCUUCGCCGGUAUCCCCUUUCUUCCCCUGCCGUCAAUCACAACGCGUCGUCUCUUGCUCCGCCGCGGCCUCUCCGUCAUCUCCCUUCACGGAGAAAGACUCCGCCGAGAGAUACCGAAGAGAUGGCUGGGUUUACGGAUCCGGCGUCCCGCUGCCGGUUUCCGCCCACCAAAACUUCAGCGACAGGGAGAACGAGAUCGCGCUGCAAUUGCCAGAGCUCAAGCGGUUGCUGGAGGCGCUGAGGGCCGCCCGGAGGGCGGAGGCAGGCGGCGGCGGCCGCGGCGGGCCGGGGAGUGUGUCGCUGGUGGGGACCGGGCCGGGUGACCCGGAGCUGCUGACGCUGAAGGCGGUGCGGGCGAUCGAGCAGGCCGAUCUCGUCCUCUAUGAUCGUCUGGUGUCCAAUGAUGUGCUCUGUUUCGUCAGGGCAGAUGCCAAGAUGCUCUAUGUCGGGAAGACGGCCGGAUAUCAUAGCCGGACUCAGGAAGAGAUUCAUGAGUUGCUUCUGAGCUUCGCUGAGGCUGGCGCCAAUGUGGUGAGGCUAAAAGGAGGGGAUCCUCUGGUCUUUGGCAGAGGUGGAGAGGAGAUGGAUUUUCUCCAGAAACAGGGAAUUCAAGUCAAGGUCAUUCCAGGGAUCACUUCUGCUUCUGGGAUAGCAGCAGAGCUUGGAAUCCCACUGACCCACCGAGGUGUUGCAAAUAGCGUUAGAUUUUUAACCGGACACUCAAGAAACGGAGGAAUGGAUCCUCUUUAUGUGGCAGAGAAUGCUGCUGAUCCUGAUUCAACUUUGGUUGUCUAUAUGGGUUUGUCAACCCUCCAAGCUCUUGCUUCAAAAUUGAUGAAUCAUGGCUUGCCACCAGACACUCCAGCUGUUGCAGUGGAGCGAGGAACUACCCCACAGCAACGAAUGGUAUUUGCAGAACUUAAGGACAUUGUCUAUGAGGUUAAAUUAGCAGACUUGGCGUCCCCAACUCUAAUAAUUAUUGGCAGGGUGGUGGCCUUGUCACCUCUCUGGCCCCAAUCUUCUGAAGAAACUGUCGUGUUAAAGACUGGGGAGCUAUGUUCCAGCCAGGUAGAAUGAGAAUAAUGCCUUCAAGUACUCAAAAAAAAAAAAAAAACGCAUGGAGAUGAACGGAUGGCUCACCAUGUUAACAGUCAGGUCCAGCAGCAUCACGCAAAAAGAUGGAAACCCUGGAGGUUUCUGCUGCCGAUACAUGUACUGCAUAGUCCCAGCUGACUCCCAGGGUUUAGUUGGCUUGAUAUUUACUAGAAAUUCAAUUCAUUUUUAUUCUUGUAAGAAAUUGAACAGGUUCCAUUUGCUACUUAGCCUGAUUAAUUUGCUGAUUCAUAGCCUGAUUCAUUUACUGAUUGCAGAUGUUCUAUUUUGAAAUUGUUGGCCGACAUGAGCGGAAUUUGCUCCAUAUUGAUGGAGACACCUGAUUCCAAUGUACUACAAACCUUUUCUGUUAUCAUUAACGUUUCAAAUGAUGUCAUGUCAGUUAUCUA